AUGCAGGUGACCGUCGCGAGGAACGCGAAGACCCUCAGCCCCUCGCACGUGAAGCAGUGCAUCCUGGCGGAGACGCGGUUCGACUUCUUGAGGGAUCUGGUGAAGAACAUACCAGAUGUGUCUGCAGCCGAGGAGAAAGAACUCAUGAGCGCGGAGAGUUCGCCAAAUUCCUCCAGGUUCCCGGACGCGGCCCCGCCCCGCCGCAUAGCGAGGCAGGACUCCAACAGCUCGAGCGGCUCCGACGCGAAGCUGCAGCAGCCUGUCCCCCCGCGGGAGGGGGCCAAGCGGGCGUCCGCGGAGGCGUCGCCCCCGCCCCCGACCCUGCCCCCGCCGCCCCCUCCCCCGCCGGCGCCCGAGUCCGCGAUCGACCUCUCGCGCAGGCAGGAGGCGAGGCCCGUACGGACGGCCAACUUCUACCAGGAGACCCUGGUGGACGAGCACCCGAGCGUGAUCACGGUCAACCCGACCUACCUCAGCCCGCAGCCCUCCACGUCCAGCUACGCCACCCUCGAGCCGGUGGAAGUGAGCAGGGCGGACAGGCCCCCGCCCCACGCGGAGGCCCCCAAGACCCCGGUGGCCCCCGUCCUGAACAUAGACUUCACGAAGAGCCUCGCCAAGCCCGAGAUAAAGGUGCUGGACACGGCCGCCGCCGGCGUCGUGGCCAAGGGCGAGAGGAACUCGAGGCUGCCGCGCCAGAACUCCAGGUCGAAGCACGACAGGAAGGUGGAGCGGAAAGUCAGCCGACCGGCCGACCUGGACCACUUCACCGGCAACCUGCAGAUAGACGAAGACUACGAUACC